AUGCUCGCCAUGUCGCUCUCGGCCUUCCAUUUUUCGCUGUCUAUUCCACUGCCCAUCUUGUUGUCAACCUCGCUGCCCAUCUCUCACUCUCAUCCCUCCCUGUCUAUGCUUCGAUUUCUGGUUCUCUCCACUCGAUAUCCGAGUACCCUAUCAUUCUUAUACUCCCCCUUGUCGUCGUCUGCUAACCUUUCCACUCUCAGCAUGCCAAAAGCCUCCGAGUACAAGACGGUCAUGCCCGUUGGGCUCAACAGGCCUAUCAGAAUAGCCCAGAGCAUCCAAACCUGGCGUAAAAGAUACGACGGGCCUUAUGAAGAUGUAUUGAAAGCCCGGGCUGCCGAAUACUUCUCCGUCGAAGACGAUCUUGUUGGCGACAUGAAGCUUGGUCGAAAAGGUGCCCUCUCGAAGACUUGGGACAAGAAGUCGCUCAAGACGACUAAGCUCAGCAUCCGCUCUGAUCUUCGAAACGAGAGCGGCCAACCCUUCGACGCCGAUAUGGUCAUCAGGAUCGAUCGAGUAUUCGAGCGACUCGUCUUCUCUGCUCGACCACCUCAGCUGAGCAGCAACGCCGCGUUCCGACGACUGCGCGAUAGCGACGACGGAGAGAUUCCUCUGACCGCGUACCUUGCUGCCGAGGCGGCCAUGAUGGUGACCGCGGGCUCCUCGCACGAUUUGGGCUGGAUGAAAGCUGGCGGCUACGAGAUUUACAUUCGGGUCUUUCUUUGGCCAAAGGCGAUGAAGGUCAACCGAGAUCGCAUUAUCAAAAUGUCUCUCGAGGUGCGUCCGCCCGUUGGUGGAACAACUCUGAGCAACAAUCAUUUUUGGGCUCUGGCAGUCCGCUGGGUGCUCAGCGUGCCCUCGGCUCACCACCCCUUUCAGCACCCCGUCAUCCGCAGCGCCAUUGCCAUGCUCCGUGAUGUUAUCGAGCUCAACAAUCCGGCCCUCGACCCUCUCGGAGUCUUGUCCGGUGUCUACCACGAGAGCCGGGUGGCUCAGCUAUGGGCCGCACACUGUCUGGUCAUGUCAGACAAGAUCCAGUGGGUCAAUGCCUGCGGUCUCAAAGGUCUGUCAAACCUCGAUCGUCGACGGACUGACGAGUAUGACUGGGCGAAAUGGGCGGGCUCCUGCCACCGGCUCGACAUCGACGACGAGACGAUCCCCGUCCCCGUUUGCCGGGUUCUUGAUCAAUUUCUCAAGGUUGGAGCUCGAUACAAGGACCGCGAUCGAACCGGCUGGAACCACAGUGUCCAUCUGUUGCCGCAACACAUCGAUAAAUUCCGGUUCAGACUCCCUCGCGAGCUCAAGUUGAUCCGCCUACACAUGAAAAACGAUGAGCGUCAUCAAGCCGACGCCAUUCGAUCGGAGGCUAGUAUCAGCUAUGUCGACGCUGUAAAUGACGCUAAAGAACGAACGUACCGCCUCAGUCACUCCGGUCUACGGUCAUCUUACGCAGCUCUACUCGAGUCGUCUCAACAAAACAGGGUUUCGAGUGCCGAACCGGCCCAUACUGAAAGCCAAUCCCAAGCCCACGACGAUAGCCAGGUAUCCAGCGUUGUGAGUGCGAUCAAUGUACCCCAGCCUGCCAUCGAUCCCCAGUCUGGCCAUGGCAAUUUGCUUGGUAACAGGAAAAGACCCGCUCCUGCCGAGGACAACGUUGUCGCCGACGAGGCAUUCGACCGGGAAAUCAAGGCCAUCAAGCUCACGGUUGCCGAGCUCAGCACGUCGUUGGUUGAUCAGAAGGAGGCUGCUGAGUCGACCAACGCCAAAAUGCAGACCCAGCACACAGGUAUCAACGAUUCGCUCGGUAGCCUGAAGAAGCAAGCCACGAUAUACGCUGCUAAACUCGGCAAAGUGACUCGUAUAAACAAGGACAUGUCAGACAAGAUUAGCAGCCAUGAUGAGCAGCUCCAGCAAAUGGAACGUCAUUUCGACAAGAAGCUUGAUCAAUACGAAGCCAUGCAGACCAAGGACCUCGAAGACUUUGAUCGCCGAUUGAAUGAAUCCAUUGCAAAGGUCAACAUGCUCGAGCAGAACAACGCAAACCUGACUCAAGAAGUCGAACGUUUGAAGACUCAGCUCGAGGAGACAACUGCCAGUGUCGAAAAGAAUCAUCGCCGAUCUCAGAUGGAGGAGACUGAGGACGCUGCAGAGCCUUCGCCAUGCAUCGAUUAG